CCUCGACGCGGCGCUAUAUUUACUCCUGCCUCUCACCCACGCCGCCUCCUUGCGACUUUGUACAUCUACACCCUCGCCGCCCGCACCUCUGAAAGCCACGAGAGGACCGCCUGCCACCGAAGAGGCGCCUCCUUGCUUUACCAAGCUGUUUGCCGCUUUCCUUCACACCCUCCUUUCACACCACCGCGCCGCCGCAUGAUGCCCGCAUAGUUUGGCCAACUUACCCCGACACUCGCUUUUCCCGGGCUAUCUUCAAACAACACUUUCACCAUGGAAGAAGAGAAACGCGCAUCCGCCGAGUUCCUCAUGGACGAGGUCUCCCCACGGCCCUCCACAUCAUCGCUCCCCCAAUUCGAGAAGACUGCGACCCCUACCCCGCCUUCGACGAAGGAGCAAAUUGUGACCUGCGCCUGGAUUGCCCUCAAUACCGUCGCUACCAUCUGUCUGAUCUUCCUGAGCAAAAAAGUUUUCAGCGAUGCACAACUCAAGGCCUGCCAGCUCAUGGUGGUGAUGUGGCAUUUCGCCGCGACCGGCCUCGUUCUCUACAUCUCCACUCGCGCGCCGUUCCGCGUCUUCAAAGCCGUGCGACUCUCGCCGUGGCAGAUGGCCCCCGUCUGCGCCUUCUUCGCCGGAUAUGUCAUCCUCGGAAACCUCAGUUUGACCUACAAUUCCAUUGGCUUCUACCAGCUCGCCAAAGUCAUGACCACCCCUUGCGUCGUGCUGCUCAACUUCGUUCUCUUCCGCAAAACCAUAACCCGCUACAUGCUGGCUGCCAUUGUCGCCAUCUGCAUUGGUGUUGCCCUCACCAUCCGCGCAUCCGCCCAAACCCAACUCUUCGGUGUGAUAAUCGCCGUCAUGGCUUUCACCUCCACCGCCCUCUACCAAAUCUGGAUCGGCAAGAAGAUUGAAGAUUUCGAGGUCUCCGGACCCCAACUCCUGCUGAACCAGGCCCCACUUUCCGUGAUCCUCCUGGUUCCAUUUGUUCCCUUCUUCGACAAGAUGCCCGAUGUCCACGCCAUUCCCACUGAUAUCAUUCUCGCGCUCUGUGCCUCUGGCAUCAUGGCCAGUCUCCUUAACUUGUCCCAAUUUCUCAUCAUUGGCCGGACAUCUGCCUUGACCUUCAACGUCGUAGGCCACCUCAAAACCAUCCUUAUUCUCUCCUUCGGCUGGUACAGCGACGGCACUAUCCUCUCCGACAAGGAAAUCGCUGGCAUCGUGCUGGCACUUGGCGGCGGUUGGGUCUACUCCCAUCUAUCCAUGAACCGGAAGAAGUAGGAAAAGUAGUAGUCUUCACACAACAAACAAAUUUCCUUGGUUUGAAUAGGCUUGGCAUAGCACUUGCAUAGCAUAUGUACAGAUACAGAUACGGCGUGCGUUCGGAGUAUUAGAAGUGGUGGUUUGACGUCUUUCACGAAGGAAUAUAUCCCGCGUUAUAGCGGAGCGGAUUGAGCAUUGUCUUUUACGCGGUUUCUGGGCGAUACCUACGUACGCUACACUACACUAUCAUGUCCAAUGGAUGUGGGAAUAGAUGAUAAAAACACUUUGGAAAAAC